AUGGUUUCAUCAUUCCAAACUUCUCCGACUCGUCUGGUUCUUCUGAUGCUACGCGAUAUUCGAUGCUUCAUUGUGCAAUGGGCACGUCGUCUCUGCUUAGGCUUCGAUCGCUACAAUCGUCAAGCAGCCGGAAGUCACUCGCAACCAGGAGAUCGUCGAAAAGCACCUACUUCGAAGCGUCGACGUUCGAAUGCCACCCCCGAGCCGACCGAAACUACCGCAAAGAAAGACAAACCAAGUUCUCCAUCUCCUCAAUCUUUGAUUCCUUCGGAGAGACAAAUUUGUGUGGUGGUUUCAAAGCAGAAGUGGUUUCAAAGAUCCGACGCGUCACUAACUUCGCGGCUCACAAGCAAGGGAAAUGCUUAUGAAAUUACCUAUAGCUUGCCUAAUGAAGGGUAUGACGUUUCUGAAAAAUUCGGAUUCAAAAGCCUCGAUGAGUUGCCGAAUGAGAAACGACCAAUCAAUAAGCGAUUUGAGGAGGGCACACUUUAUCUCUACAGCGACGCAAGUUAUAAAAAGGAAAAAGGGCUUGCAAGCGCGGGUGUCGGAAUGUUUUAUGGAUUCGACGAAGAUGGACUGAAUUGGGGCAAGAAAAUUCCCAAACGUAUGGAAUGCGAUGAGAGCCGUGGUGAAAUUUUAGCGGUUUUAUUGGGCCUGAACCGUUUGCUUCAUUGGAAAGAAUCUAGGAAUCAGAAAGUAGUUGUACGUGUCGACCGGCUGGAGGUGAUUCAGGGUAUCCUGCUUUGCAAAACUGGUGUGGCGACAAAAGACGAAUACGGGUGCGUGUGGGCAGUGGCAGCUUUCUUUGUUCACGGAGUGCAACUGCAAUGGGUGCAAACGCACACAGAUGAUGAUCCGGCCAACGCAAAAGCCGAUCAGCUUGCUGGUGAAGUGGCGAAUCCGAAUGGGUGGACCCUAAGAUGCGACCAGAAAGUUCAGGCGUGGAAGGACGAGUGGACGCGUGGAACAGAACCCCGAAUUCUUCACAUUCAAACGGUUCAGAAAUACCGAGAGAAAAAAGGCUCUCACAAUAUCAUGGAUGUCUACAAGGAUGUUACCAGGGAUACUAAGCUUCUAGCGCUUCUCGAAGAAUCAAUUCCAAAA